AUGGAUCCCUCGAAGCGUCUUCCCGGUAGCAAGCCGACAUUGCCCAGCUUCAGAGAGAUGUUCUCAGAUGUAUCGUUCAAUGUAUCGGAACGCCGGCGACAGAAUACCCAAGGCCACGGACCGCAUGCAUUGUCGUCGAGGCACGGAAGCAGGUUCUACCAGCGGUGCUUGGGGCGGAAGCUCUCACCAUCCGGACAUGGCCCUGCGACCGCUCGCGACUGCCACCCCCGCCAGCCAUCCGCCAGCCCUCCUACAUCCCUCGUUUCCGGUACCUCAUGCCCACUCUCCUGCCCGCUCACCACUUCCACCCCCGGGAACACGAGUCCCAGCCCUCCAUUACCCAGCUCCCCGGGGUCGAUGGCGAGACGUUCCGUCGAGUCGCUGUUAUCCUCCGCAUCCGCAUCAGCGCAAGCACCGGACCCGAGCCAGCACCCCAACCUCCCGACGUACCACCUCUCCGCAGAGGAGUGCCCGCCCGGGGACGACCGGCGGCACGCGUGCGGGAUCUGCCACCGCCGCUUCAGCCGCCCCAGCAGCCUGCACACGCACAUGAACGCGCACACGGGCGCGCAACGCCGCCUGGUCCCGCUGCGGCGCCGGCCUGCCGCCCCUUCCGGCCUCGCCCCUCCUCACCCCGGACCUCGUCUCCCUGCGCCAUACGCGUUUCGAGUUUCGAGUUUCGUGUCUCCAUUCCCGCUCUCGCGCCACCUCCGUCCGGACGCCGCUGACCCCGCGCACCUCUCGUCAGCGUACAAGUGCCCGUUCCCGGGUUGCGCGCGCCGCUUCAGCGUCAACUCGAACAUGCGCCGCCACUGCCGUAACCACCGCGGGGGCGCGGCGCUGUCCAAGGCGCCACUCCCGCCGCGCGCGGGUGCGCUCCAGCACCAGCACCCGCGCGACAGCGAGGAGGAGGACGAGCUGUCGGAGCCCGAGUAG